UCAUAUUGGUAUCCUGCUCGUACGCUCGAUAUCACUCAGAGCCUCGCAUCUGUCCCCAGAGCACGCCCACCAAAACCGCCAUGUCAGAUACCGUUCCAGACAUACUUGCUCGUCUCGCCUGAGCACACCGAAGCUUGUGUCAGGGUUUCUACACCAUAAACUCGGCACUGAAAUGCGCCGCUGUUCACACUGAACCACGAGCGAUCUCGGGAGAAAACUGACGGCCGCUCAAAGAUCGGGCUAUGCACCACCGUUGCUCCGAAUUCUACUGACGAAAGGGGCCGAUAACGCCACGAUGGGUGGGACUGUUUGGUUCUGUAGCGAAUGUGAGCAUGGCCCAUUGGGCGAUUGGUCCCCAAUCUGUGUCAAUUGCGGUCACAAGUGGCGCGAGUAUUGUCUUUAUACGGAUACUACCAGGUAUGGUGAGACCGGCGGGAGAAGUUCAAAAGGGAAUCAGGGGAGCGCACCUGGCGUGACUGACGAUGAAAUUGUUGAUGAGGGCAGCUACGUUAGAGGAUAUUGUUUUCAAGAUGAAGGUCUGGCCAAUAUAGAUCACGCAGCGGACAUGGUACGGUGUCAGGAGGAGGAUUAUUCACAUCGCACACCAUGGCACAGUCUCCGAUCUGGCUCUAUACAAAAGUGUAUGCAAGUUGACACCGACACUGAAUCUGACGACCAUGGACGAUCCGUGGUCUCUGGGGCAUCGUCCGUCGCGCUCAACUCGUGGGCAUCGUCCGUCGUGCUCAACUCGUGGGCAUCGUCCGUCGCGCUCACCUCGUGGGCUAGCGGCUGCACUGCAGUGGAAAUGGAGGGCGCACCCAUUGAACUGCAGAGCGUCUUUGAGAAAGACUCCCGCCUCGCUCAACUGUACUGUCUAGCGCUUGAGGCCGAGUCUAUUGGCCGGGUGAGGUUACAGCGAAACGUGGAAGGGUUGCUGAAAAGCAUGGAGCGAGAACUGAAGGCUGAAAAGCAUGGAGCGGGAACUGAGGGCUGAGGCGAACAAGGAGAUGGAGAAACUUGCUUCUCGCUCUGUGUCUACAAAGGCAAGAUCCGUGGCGGGAUCACAGUCACGCCUUGUGACGAGCUCGGAUCGAAUCAGCGAUUCAUCGCUGCACCGUUGAACUGGAUUCGGGCGGCUUCUAGGAGCGUUGCGAGACUGAGCUCAAAGAAGACGCAGCGUGACAGUACCCCACCACAACGCCACGGCCCCGA